UUCAGGACAGCAGCCCCAGCGAGAGAGCACGCCAGGAGCUCGGGACUGAAUGAGGUCUCCCGGAGGGCCUCCUGAGGGAUGAGGGGGUUCCAGAGGAGGCUGUGAUCUGGGGGGGGGGGGAGGGUUCCAGGAGAUCUUGAACGAACGGACGGACGGCUUUCUGGGCUGACAGCCACAGCCAGAGAACGAGGUGAUCGAGAGAAAGAAGUCCGGCAACACGGGUCCCCUGCCCAGCGUUCAGUGCCCCGAAGUCCAGGGGGACCCUUGGGAGGACCCAGCCGGAGACCAGCCACAAGGUGAGGACACCGAGGCUCAGAGAGGGCAAGCCACUGGCUCAGGGCUGCAGAGACGGUGUUCCUAGCUGUGCCCUGGGACCGGUUGGCCAAGGACCCCACUGGAGCGCUUUGGACACCCUAACAGUGAACGAGAAUGGGGGACAAGGAUUACAACACCUCCUUCUCCUACGACGAGGAGUACUCGGAUGAUUUUGAACCCAUCGUGGUUUUGGAGGAGUCUUCUCCCCUGGAAGGCAAGGUGACCAGGAUCUUCCUGGUGGCGGUCUACAGCAUUGUCUGCUUCCUCGGGAUCCUGGGCAACGGGCUGGUGAUCGUCAUCGCCACCUUCAAGAUGAAGAAGACGGUGAACACCGUCUGGUUCCUCAACCUGGCCGUGGCGGACUUCCUGUUCAACGUCUUCCUCCCGAUCCACAUUGCCUACACCGCCAUGGACUACCACUGGGUCUUCGGGACGGCCAUGUGCAAGAUCAGCAACUUCCUGCUCAUCCACAACAUGUACACCAGCGUCUUCCUGCUGACCGUCAUCAGCUUCGACCGCUGCAUCUCCGUGCUCCUUCCCGUCUGGUCCCAGAACCACCGCGGCGUGAGGCUGGCCUGCGUGGCCUGUGUGGUUAUCUGGGUCCUGGCUUUCUUCCUGAGCUCUCCGUCCCUUGUCUUCCGGGACACGGCCCACGUGCAUGGGAAAACGUCCUGCUUUAACAACUUCAGCCUGUCCGCGGCCGGCUCCGCCCCGUGGCUCGCUCGCUCCGGGCUGGACCCCGCGGGCCUCAGCCGCCACACGGUGGUGACGGUCACCCGCUUCCUCUGUGGCUUCCUGGUCCCCGUGCUCAUCAUCACGGCCUGCUACUUCACCAUCGUCUGCAAGCUUCGACGCAACCGCCUGGCCAAGACCAAGAAACCCUUCAAGAUCAUCGUGACCAUCAUCACCACCUUCUUCCUCUGCUGGUGUCCCUACCACACGCUCUACCUGCUGGAGCUCCGCCACGCCACCGUGCCGGGCUCCGUCUUCAGCCUGGGUUUGCCCCUGGCCACCGCCAUUGCCAUUGCCAACAGCUGCAUGAACCCCAUCCUGUACGUCUUCGUGGGCCAGGACUUCAAGAAGUUCAAGGUGACCCUCUUCUCCCGCCUGGUUAACGCGCUGAGCGAGGACACGGGCCACUCCUCCUACCCCAGCCACAGGAGCUUUACCAAGAUGUCAUCCAUCAACGAGAAGGAGACCAGCAUGCUCUGAGCCUCAUCCGGGAACCCCCGGUGGACAGGCACUCCGGCCUCGGAGGCCCAGAGCUAUGCCUUCCAAAGACCACCGCAGAAACCCCCUUCGGCACCCACCAACGCCUGCUAGAGUUUACACGGGGCUGACCAGUGCUUUGAGCUGGGAGUCCAGGGCUCGGAACUCCGUCCUUCGAGGGGCGUGGCUGACCGGGCAGGCCAGGGACCGGCAUCCCAUGCUUCUUGGGAGACCUGCCUUGGCUGACCCAAAGCAAAAAAGGGAGCAUUCUUAAAAGCGCUGCCAUGAACCGGGAUGGGCGUAGGUCAGGGCCAACCCAGUGUGAUGCAAAUCGCCGCCUCGCCCCACAUGCCCGUGUCACUGGCCAGCCAGAAAUCCUGCCGCCCGCCCGCAUCAUUCCUCCGGGGGAGGGCAAGUGGAGAUGCACAGGUUACCUGGGAGAGGAAGGGGACACAGGCACUCGCGAACCGCCAGGACCACGCACUUGGCUUUCAGAUCAGGUGGGAAGACAGAGAACAGGUCCUGAGGAGCCCUGUGGGCCCUGUGAGGGCAGGACAUGUGGGGCCUGGGGGAAGGGGUGGAGAGAGUGGUGACCGUGCUCUGAAGAUGCGGGCUGCGGGGACGGCAGGCGCAGAGCCCCUCCUGGCGCGGCCAUGCUGUCUUUUCUCACCUGGGACUGACGCCUCCCUGUGCCACAGUGUCCUUGUCCCAUUUACAGAUGGCAAAGCUGAGGCUCAGGGAGGGUGGGGAGUAACUUGCCCACUGACACACAGCCGGCAAGAGGCAGAGGUAAGAUGUGAAGCCAGCUCUGUCUGGCUCCGGAAGCUCUGUCUUGUUGUUGUUUGUUUUCGAUGGCUAAUGUAUCUAUUGAGAAUAUUCUAGACUAUAACGGUAGCCUACAUUUAUUUAGUGCUCCCUAUGCUAAACUUACUCCUCCCAGCAGCCUUGACUUCCAGUUAUUACUUCCCUUUUGCAUAUGAGGUAUCUGAAGCUCAGAGAGGUUAAGUAACUUCCCUGAGGGCGUCCAGCUGGUCCCUGCCAGAGCCAGCAUUGGAAACUAGGUCUAUCUGACUCAAAGAAGGCCGCAGGAUCAGGGUUUUGAGAGAGGCUUGGGGUUUUGACCACAAAUAUUGAUUCUUCAGCAGAUUAAUCUAAACAUUUCCUUGGCCUAUACACCAGCUUUGCAAAUAGUUUUUGAAAACGACCCAACAUGGCAGAGAAAAUACUCUUGGCCUCCGGUUCCCUCGACAUCCAUCCACACGCGCCCGCCGUGGUUCCCAGCUCCUGCGCCCCCUGAGACCUCCGGGAAGGCAGUGGGGAGAGAGAGGAUGGGCAGGAGGUAGUCGUCGGUGGGCCGGGGGCCCUUGGCCUCCCAGUGUCCACGCUCUCUUCCAAACGCCAUCAUCGUGAAGCCAAUCCUCCGACAAGAUGCAAUGAACAGAUGUAAUGUCUACACGGCGUUGGGCAAGUUCCCGAGGCCCCGGGCUGUUUGGAAAUCACACCUCAUUAAGAGACAGACUGUUCCUUCCCUUCUUGGGUCAUUGUGCUUAUGAUGAGGCAGCUCUGAAGUGACCCUAAGCCAGGGCGCCCAAUGGCUUCAAGAAAUCUGAACUUGGACCGGCUGGGAGCAAACACAGGGAACUUUAAAUAUUGCCCCGUGCCCCUCGUCAUCCCCCAGCCCCCGCCCCAACUUCACAAGUGAAGCAACGAGAUGGCAUGGGACGUCUUCCAGACCCCAGAGACGGUCACCAGCCACGCAGGCUCUGACCCCCAGGUGAUACUUGUUCAGGCGGGUCCCUCACUCCUCCUGGGCCGCGCGACAAGCCCAGGAAACCAGCUUGUUGGAAAAGCUGAUGAGCGGGAGUAGAAUUCAAACCAGCUGUUUUCCUCCUUAGGGUUAGGCCUCUUUCUGGCUGCCCCACCAGUUGUUCCCCAUUAAAUACUUAAAUGCAA